GGUACAACUCGGUCAUUUCUUUGAAAAUCGAGAUUUCAUGCCAGAAGUGAAGGAGUGUUGCCCACAAGUUGUAAAUGCCAGUAUAGCUGUUUAUUAUAAGAUGUGUAAUGCUAUGCUGCCAACUCCUGACAAGUCACAUUACACUUUCAAUCUACGGGAUCUUUCUGAUGUUAUCAAGGGUGUACUGCAGGCUGAUGAGUCCGUGAUAGUAUCACGUGAAACUAUAGCUCAUCUAUUUGCUCAUGAAGCGACUCGUGUGUUUCAUGAUCGACUCACGGACAGCAACGAUCGAUCAACGUUUUACCAAUUCCUAUCUGACGACCUACAUAAUUAUUUCAAGAUAACCAUACCUUCGGAAACUUUACAAAACAAACCAAUUAUAUUUGGAGAUUUCCUUGAUAUGAAUGUACCGUCAGCAAACAGAGUUUACCGACAACUUCCAUCAUAUAACAUGCUCUCUACUCUACUAGAGGAAUACUAUAUGAGAAUCAGUACAAGUCUUUCAAGCAGUCCACCUUUGAUAUUCUUUGAAGCAGCAAUUGACCAUGUAGUACGAGCAGCCAGAGUAUUUAGACAACCUGGUACUCACCUGUUAUUGGUCGGUAUUGAUGGAACUGGUAAAGUUACAACUUGCAAGUUGGCAGCAAGAAUAGCUGGUUGCCAAGUCUACAGUUUAUCAAUUGUGAGAGGUUACUCACUGAUUGACUUCAGAGAUGAAUUGAAAAAAGUUUUCCGAAUAUGUGGAAUUUCAAACAAACCAACCGUUUUACUUCUGACGGAUGCUGACUUAGUUAGCGAAGCUUUUUUGGAAGAUAUAAACUGCAUUCUAAACACAGGCGAAGAUGCCGAGUUAUUCGACCAAGAUGAAUUAGAUGGGAUUGUUAUGGAAGUUAAACAAGCUGCCAUCGCUAAUGAUGUCCCGGACUCUCGUGUCGCGAUGCUCAAUUUCUUCCGCAGCAGAGUCGCACACAACCUCCAUAUUACUCUUGCUACGAGUCCCGCUGGAGGAAGUUUUAGAAGAAGAUGUCGAACACAUCCGGCGCUCGUUAAUUGCUGCACUAUUGACUGGUAUGACAGAUGGCCAGAAGAAGCACUUAUGAGUGUAGCUUGCGCUUAUUUUUCGCGUGAAAACAUUGACGUGCAGAAGGAUAAUGGUAGCAGUGGGGGAAGUAUUGAUGAAAAUGAAAGUGUUUCUUCACAAGAGACCCAAAGUUCUAUCAGCGCGGAAAAUAUUGCCUCAGUUUGCGUCCGAAUCCAUUUCAGUGCAACACAAGCUGGGCAGAAGUUAUGGGACGAGAUGAGAAGAAGGUAUUACAUUACUCCAACUACUUAUCUUGAAUUCGUACAGUUGUUCACGAAAAUGCUUGCAAAGAACAAACAAGACUUUCAUCGUAGUUUGCGACGCUUACAUAUCGGUCUUAGAAAACUUGCAGAAGCAAAAUCAAUGGUGAGCAUAAUGAGAGAAGAACUGAUCGGUCUCGGCCCAAAGAUUGAAGCAAAGGCACAAGAUACCGAGAGAUUGAUGGCCCAACUCAAGAAAGACACGCAAGCUGUUAAUGAGGUUCGUGAGUUAGUCAGGCAUGAAGAACUAACAAUGCGAAACGAAACUCAACUUGUUCAAGAUUUUGCCCAACAAGCCACCCUUGAUCUACAAGCUGUACUUCCUGCUCUGCAGGAAGCGGUACAAGCGCUCGACUCCUUGGAUAAAUCUGACAUCGCUGAGUUGCGUGUUUACCAGAACCCUCCACAACUUGUGCUCACCGUAAUGAACGCUGUGUGUGUUCUAUUACAAACCAAAGCUGACUGGCAUAAUGCCAAACACCUCAUGUCUGACCCUCUGUUCUUAAAGACACUCGUACAAAUUGACAGAGACGCAAUUCCUGACAAGACUUUCGCAAAAGUUCGGAAAAUCACAAGAAAUCCUGAUUUUACUCCAGACAGAGUGGGAGAGGUAUCUUCUGCAUGUAGAAGCAUGUGCAUGUGGGUGCUUGCUCUACAACAUUAUAAUGAUGUACAGAGGAUGGUGGAACCUAAACAAAGAAGGGUGAGGGAAGCAAGGGAGGCAUUACAAGUUGCACAGGAAAAUCUUAAGCAAAAACAGGCAAGUUUAAAGAAGAUAGAAGAUCAUCUUAACCAACUCAGUGCUAAAUAUGAGGACAGUGUUGUCCAGCAGGAGGGGCUAAAGAGGCGUCGAGUAUUAACAGGGAAGAGAUUGGAGAGAGCUGCUGUACUUAUACAUGCUUUGGCUGAUGAAGAGGGUAGAUGGAAUGAAUCUGUUGAUAUAUUGAACAAGAAACUUGGUGGAUUAAUUGGUGAUACUGUUGUAUCUGCUGCUUCAGUUGCUUAUCUUGGCCCCUUUAUUAGAUCAUACAGACAUGAUCUGACUUCACAAUGGGUUAAUUCAUGUAGCACAGCAGGCAUUGUGACAUCACAGAAUUAUGACAUGAUUCGUCUUAUGGCAGAUAAUAAUAAGGUACGAACAUGGUAUACACAAGACCUGCCACGUGAUGUUCAUUCCACAGAGAACGCUGUGAUUAUUGAAGCUGCACGAAGAUGGCCACUUAUAGUUGAUCCACAAGGACAGGCAACUAAUUGGAUUAAGAAAAUGGAAAAAGAAAAUUUGCGAGUAGUUUACGCUGGUGACUCAAAUUACAUGAAACUUGUUGAAAACGCGAUUCGUGUUGGUGAAACACUGCUGUUAUGCGAUUUAUCGGAAACACUGGACCCUGAGUUGAAACCGGUACUUCAAAUGGAGCUUACACAUAGAGCUGGCCACGAUUACAUAACCAUUGGUGGGACAGAAAUAAGUUACAAUGACAAUUUUAAGUUAUACAUGGCAACCAGCAAAGCAAAUCCACAUUUCUUACCAGCUGUGUGUAUUUCUGUAACUGUUGUGAACUUCACUAUCACAUUCGAGGGCUUACAGGGACAAUUAUUAUCAAGUGUUGUCACACAUGAGAGGCCACAGUUGGAAGCCCAGCGUGGUGAGUUGUUGGGCAACAUAGCAAGGGAUAUGCAACUACUACAAGAACUUGAAGACAAGGCACUCAUGCUGCUUGAGAAUCAGGAAGGUCAUAUACUUGAUGAUGAAGAUUUGAUCGGGACGCUUAAACAAAGUAAACUCACUUCAGCUGAGGUCAUGUCUCGUCUUAAAUUAUCCGAGGAAAAUGAGCAAAGAACAGAAGCUGCUAGGGGGCGCUAUAUGCCAGUGGCCACUAGGGGAGCUGUGUUAUAUUUUGUGGUCGCUGACCUGGAAGUUUUGAACCCGAUGUAUCAAUUCUCAUUGCAGUGGUUUUCUGAUAAGUUUAUUCUAUGCAUAGUUGAAGCUCGUAAAGAAUGUGCAUCAACAUCCAGCAGUAGAGUUUCAAGUGGAAACAUAUCACAAGUAGAAGAGGAGGAAGAUUUCUUUAAAUUGUUGCACAAGAUGGUUGACGUGCUAACUCAAGGUGUAUACAAGGUGGUCUCAUACAGUUUGUUUGCCGAGCAUAAGAUUGUAUUUUCAUUCCUAUUGGCUUGUGCAAUCAUGCGUAACAAUGCUAAAUAUAGGGAUAAAUGGCGUGAGCUUGGUCAACUUACCGAACAACAUUGGAAUAUAUUUCUCCACACUAGGGCGCUAGCGAGCAUGACAGAUGAUGAAAUAUUGGAUAAACAUAAUGGUUUGUCACCAAUGGAGAGACUGGAAGCUGAUGCUGGUUUAGGGGAAAUCCCACUUACCCCAUUUGAGUGGGUGACAGUCGAUAUGUGGCGGCAAUGCCGAUAUAUUUCGCUUAAAAUUCCCUCGUUCGAUUCUCUUUGCUCAUCCAUGAUAAAUGCUGAGUCACAAUGGAAGAUUUUCCAAAGUCAUCCUGAUCCGUAUCAAUUGAUGGCGACUCGUGAAAAAUUGGAUGACAAUGCAGUUUUCGAUUGGACAAAUCUGACAACAUUUGGAAGAUUGGUUCUUAUUAAAGUUUUGCGACCUGAUUGUCUUCUUCCGUCUGUGCGUGCGCUGGUGCAUGAAGAAAUGGGUGAAACGUUCGUUGUUAGCGAAAGUCUUGACCUCGCAGAGAUUUACAAACAAUCCGAAUCAACUAUACCACUUAUAUUUGUUCUUUCGCCAGGCACUGACCCAUCCGCCCAGUUAUUAAGAUAUGCAAAAGAAACCCGUGGUUCCGUACUACAUGUGGAUAUGGUUUCAUUGGGCAGAGGGCAAGGACCUAAAGCAGAAGAUCUGAUUCAUAAAGCUCAAAUAUUAAAAGGGAGAUGGGUUUUCCUGCAGAACUGUCACCUCGCUGCAUCAUUUAUGCCAAGAUUACAGGCAAUUGUUGAAGACCUCAAUUCAAGGGCAUCAGAAGUUGAUUCAGAGUUUCGAUUAUGGUUGAGUUCAAAACCAGAUCCUUGUUUUCCUGUUCCUAUACUUCAAAAGGGACUCAAGAUGGCGGUUGAGCCACCCCGAGGGAUCAAAUCACAUCUACAACUUGCGUUCGGAACCUCAGGGGUUAGCGAUGUGACCCCUGACCUCUAUAGUAACGGGUCACCGCACAAGGAUUGGAACAAGUUGUUAUUUGCGUUAUGUUGUUUCAAUGCUUUGGUUCAUGAGAGGCAGAAAUAUGGAACUCUUGGAUUCAACCUUUCAUAUGAUUUUACUUCAUCUGAUCUUGAGGUUUCCAUUUUAAUGUUGCAACAACUUCUUGGAGAUUCACCCGAUGUUCCAUGGUCAGCAUUGAGACAUCUAACUGGUGAGGUCAUAUACGGUGGUCGUGUCACUGACCACUGGGAUCGACGAUGUCUUGUUUCCAUGUUAACAAAGUUUUAUUGUGAUGCAACAAUCAUAGAAGGUCAUACAUAUUCUAGAGAUGGAAUAUACAAACCACCAGAUCAUAAUGCAACUUUCAAUCAGAUACGAAGCUAUGUUCUUGGUCUUCCAAUAUCUGACCCCCCUGAUGUAUUUGGAAUGCAUGAUAAUGCUGAGAAAGCAUUCAUGGAAUCAGAAGCUACAAAACUUAUUGAUAUUGUUAUUGAUGUUCAACCAAAACUUGCUACAGCAAGUGUAUUAGAUUCAGGAUACACCGACACCCAAGUUGUCAUGGAAAUAACAAAAGACAUGCUUCAUCGAUUACCAUCAGCAGUGGAGCAUGACGACUCGUUAAGUGAAGCAGAACGUGAAGAAGAACUCACGCUUGCCAAAGUUUUAACGAGCAAUGUUUGGUCCAACCUUUUCAGCAAGCAAGGAAAAGAUGAAGACAAUCUUCCUCUACUUCAGUCUGCAUUACUUACUGUAGCAAGGCAAGAAAUUGAUCGUUUUAAUCGACUUCUGCGAACAAUUAACGUGAGCCUACGUGCGCUCAGUCGAGCUUUAUCAGGGGAGAUAGUCAUGUCUGAUUCACUGGAACAAACUUUCAACGCUUUGCUCUUGCAGAGGGUACCUGAGUCUUGGCAAGCAGUGUCAUAUGAAUCAUGCAAGCUGCUUGGAUCCUGGUUGGAGGAUCUUCUACAAAGAAUUGAAUUCUUUUCAAACUGGUCAAGUCUAGUUGUCAGUGCUGUCCAAGAAAAGAUUGGAAUAAAUGUCUCAAAAGAUCGUAAGAAACAAGAUAGUUCAAUUUUAGCAGCAGUUAAGAAGCAAGAAGAGCCAACAAGCUACUGGAUAUCUGCAUUCUUCUUUCCACAAGGGUUUCUAACUGCUGUGUUGCAAAACUAUGCACGUAAACAUAAGUUACCGGUGGAUUCUCUUUCGUUUAAUUUCCAAGUACAGGAUACUGAAGAACAUGAAGAUCUAAUUGACAUAAAUAAGAAAUUGCAGGUAAGAGAAGUUGCGUUCCGUACAACCGAUUCUCCUCUUUCUGACGGAGUUCGAGUGUUUGGUCUCUUCAUGGACAGUGGAAGAUGGGACGUGGAGGAGAAGAAGAUACAAGAAUCUUUCUCCAACAUCAGAUACUUCAGGAUGCCUGAGAUUGUGUUUACUCCAGUUCAGCAUCCAGAGAAUUCUUCUUCAACAUUAAUGUAUUCAUGUCCUUUGUACCGCACGUCAAAACGAGCUGGUUCAUUGUCUUCAACGGGACAUUCCACUAAUUUUGUUACGGCUGUAGAUCUACCGUCUGAUAAACCAUCAGACCACUGGACACUUAGAGGAACAGCUUUACUGUGCCAACUAGACCAGUAGUGUUAAGUAUUUUAUGACCUUACCUUUAAAGGUUAGAUGUAUCGAUUUUUUUAACUAUUUUUGUAUGAAUUGUUUGAGGUUAUUCAUUUUAGUUCAUUUUUGUUUGUCGACACUUUAAUUUUAUUCCUUCUGUUGCAUUGCACUGUAAUUUACCUAUAUAGAAUUUUCAGUGUUUUUAAGUUUUAGAGCUUCUAGAGCUGUACGCUGUGUUACCUUCGUUAAUUUUUUGUUAUGUAUUUUAUACUGUGAGCACAUAUAUAUUACGUUUUCAAAA